AUGACCGACCCCCUUAGUAUUGCCACCGGCCUGAUAGCCUUGAUUCAAGUAACUGCCCAGGCGACCAUCUAUCUCAAGGAUGUAAAUGAUGGCGGCAAAGAGCGAACGAAGAUGCGAGAUGAGUUGCGCAGCCUGACAUGUCUGUUGGAGAUGAUCCAUGACCGUGUCGAAGAGCAGAGAGAACCCGAGAACGAAGAUGGCCUCAACCCUGCAGCGAUGGCAUACUUAUCAGGCCCCGACGGACCUCUGGAAAGGAUGAAGGUUACAAUGGAAGAGAUUGUGUCAAAGUUAGCACCCCAAGCUGGGUUCCGCAGGCUUGCACAACCCUUCAAGUGGCCGUUUGAGAAGAAGGAUGCUUUGGAGCUGUUUGGGGCGAUGGAGAGACUCAAGUCUCAUUUCACGCUUGUUCUACAGAACGAUCUAUUGUAA